AUGCUCUGUCUGUCGCUGCGCAUGGCCACGCGAGCGCAGACACGCGACCUCUUCCCUUUUCACCCCGGCCUGGCAUCGGUGGCCGAGACAUCCGUUGUGGCUCUCGCUGGUGGGGCAGUGCGUCCACAGCCCCGCUCCCUUGCUCAGAGCGUUCACCGCGGUGCGUGUCUGCGAAGGGCUAAGACGAUAACCGCCACACUGACUUGCGCGUUCUCUCCGUGCUGCACGCCCACGGCGCCACUCUUCACGAAUGCGAAGAAAUCGUACGCACGCGGCACAGAAGAGGAGCAGAAGGCGCGUCAGGAGGCUGCGGCCAAGGAGUGGCGCGACUUUCUUGAUCAGCCGGUGGACGCGGACGGCGGAAACACCCCGUCACCACGCCAGGUCGAGUCCCACCUGCCAAGCAUAAAGCAGCUGAACGAAGAGCUGCCGACGGCGGCAGAGCUGGAGAAGGCGCUGCGUGAGGGGAGGAUAGACGCGUACGCGACGCAGCCGGACAGGGACGAGGAUUAG